CAUCCACCGUCAUCACUCUCCGCGCUUUAUACUCCCAAAGAGGCAGGUCCACCUCCAGCCGCACCUGCCUCUUUGGGGAUAUAAAGGCUGCUUGGCUUCACAACAGAGUCACAGGCUACACAAAGAAACAAAGGAUCACGACAUUGGCAUCCUAAAUCGCAGCUCUUGGUCAGAAGUACCAGCCAAAAAAGACAUCAUGUCGAUGGGAAUGGAGAUUGGUGGGAUUGCCCUGGGCAUCAUUGGAUGGAUCAUUGGCAUUAUCGCUUGCGCUAUGCCCAUGUGGCGCGUGUCGGCCUUCGUUGGCGCCAACAUCGUCACGGCUCAGAUCAUCUGGGAAGGUUUGUGGAUGAACUGUGUUGUGCAGAGCACCGGACAGAUGCAGUGUAAGGUCUACGACUCCAUGCUUGCCUUGUCGCAGGACUUGCAGGCGUCCAGAGCCAUGUCCAUCAUCGCCAUCAUCUUGGCCAUCCUGGCCAUCAUGAUCUCAAUCAUGGGCGCCAAGUGUACCAACUGCAUCGAGGAUGAAGCUUCCAAGUCAAAAGUGAUGAUUGUUGCCGGUGUCCUCUUCAUUCUCGCCGGCCUCCUGCAACUUAUUCCAGCGGCCUGGGUGGCACACCAAACCAUUCGGGACUUCUACAACCCGCUGCUGAGCACCGCUCAACAGAGAGAGCUUGGGGCAUCCAUCUAUAUAGGCUUUGCGGCUGCUGCUAUGAUGCUGAUCGGAGGAGCGAUGCUGUGCUGCACCUGUCCCCCGAAGGAGAAGAAGUACAAACCACCGAGAAUGGGCUACUCCGCUCCACGUUCUACCAGCGGUGGAUAUGACAGGAAGGACUAUGUUUAAAACAUUGUUUUCUAGCAGAGAAAGAUGAAGGAUUUGAAGAUCUCAUAGGUGGAGAUACUUUCGAGAGGACUCCGAAAUGAAGGGUCAUGUGAUGCUGUCAAUAUUUGCUUUUUUUCGGUCUAAUAAAGCUGGUGUGUGGUCGGGUUUCGUGGGGUUUUGUACCUGUCAGGGUGUUUGAGAGAGAGUUUGAUGUGUUAAUUGCAUUUCCUUUUAAUAUUCUUUUUAAGAAUUUUUUAUUUGUGUUUUUUACGCCUGUAAAUUUCAGCAGUUGCAUCAGUUUUUCUUUGUUCUGAUGACACAAAGCUCAUCAAUGGUUUAACUGGUUAAGUAAGUUUUGUUUUUAAGCAAAGCUGUUUGUGCUUUAGUCUGAUGCCUUCUAUUAUAACGUACUAUACAUACUGUAGACUGGAAGAGGAAGACUUUAGCUCUUUACAUGUAUUUGCUUAUGAAAAUUUUACUUGACACAGAAACUGAAUAUGCUGUUCACUCCCUUUUGGUCUCAGUAAAGUCUGAUACCCGAGAUUGUCAACAUAUUUCGUUUCCAAAAACUUUUGGACAACUAUUCCACCAUUUGUAGAUAGUUAUUUGUUACAGAUAUUCAACAGUUUAAACAGUGAUUUUCAUAACUAUUGAAAUGCCAUGUCUGAUAUUUGUUAUUUGUAUUGUCUUCAUUAUUAAAUUCAAUUGUGUUUUUUUUUCAAACAAAA